GGUUUUGGGGGUGCAGCAGCAGGGGUGAACAACACGUGGCGGCCGAGGGCAUCCCGUGCUGCUGCCUCCGCCGCCGCCCGAGGAUGCUCUGCGGUUUACUGACCUGCCUUUCCCUCCCAGAUGAGAGCACCCUACUCGCUGUCCUGCCUCUUCCUCCUGAGCCUGGGGGCCUGCUUCCCUCCCGGCGAGCGGCGGGAGCCAGGACGCCCCGGGGAGGGGACCCUGCUCGGUCCCAGGUGGCAACCAGCGGCGGAGGACCCGGGCGCCGGCUGGAGGGCAGGGGCGAAGCGGAGGCGAAGCGAGGAGCUGGACGCGCUGCUGGGCAUCGCCCGGGAGCUGCGGGGCUACGGCUCGGCGGGGGCCGGGCAGCGGCCGGGCAGGAGGGGGGGCUCCGAGGUGCUGCCCGCCGCGGGGGAGAAGCGCAGCGGCACCCUGGGCAACCUGGCCGAGGAGCUGAACGGCUACAACAGGAAAAAAGGGGGCUUCACCUUCCGCUUCGGGAGAUGA